UUCACCACAAUUAGUUGUACUCCAUCUCAGCAACAGCAUAAACCAUAAAUAAAUCGUUCAACAAUCGAAAUGUUCAACUCCAUCGCAAUUGCAGUUGUGCUUAUAGCUGUGGGUAAAUCGAUAGGAUUUCAAUCCCAAUAUUUGUCAACAACCCAGCCAGCAUUUCCAGCCAACGAAAAUGAAGCAAUAUAUUGGAUGGAUAACGGUGAACCAGUUUGGAACGUAACGCGUACGAAAACCCUCGCCCAACCACACAAAUGGACGCUUUUAAAACCGACACUUGAUUUUCCAAAAACACCGCCUGAGGAUCAGUUUAAAAUGGCCCAAUUGCUAGCUGAAAAUCAACUACUCUCUGCUGAUUUUUUGCACCACUUUCUAACUGCCAUUCAGCCUUACGACAUUCAACUUGAUCUCCUCCGGGACGCCCUGGAAGACCGUAUAACACCAUCGAAACUCAUAUCUGAGUCCAUGCAUAUGGAGGUCGGUUUCCUCUCGCUUCUCGGAGUCUGCUGUAUUUUGGCGUGCGUGAUUCCUGGCACUGAGCUCUGGCUCGCCUGUCGCCCAAUCAGAGAUUAUAAACCCUCGGAGCAUCCUGGAUUCCUGGCCUUCCUAUUGUCCAUUCUCGUUUUACUACUUGGAAUCGGAAUGAGUGGGAUGAUAAUUUCGAACGAGUCGGCAAAUGUGGGAAUAUCAAAAAUACCAAUUGCGGUGGAAACAGCGAUUGAGGAUUUCAGGGACUAUCACACUGGAACAACUGGACACAUACGCAAGUGUCUUACGAGGAGUCUUGAUGUCGCCAGCGAGGCUAUCAUGGCCGAUUUAGAUAAUGUGGAGGAGUUGCUUGGUAAACCCGUGCAAGUGGAUUUGGCAACGGAAACUGGACUGCAGACUGCUCUUGAGGGAUUUUUCCAAGUUUCGAAUACGAGCCAGGAACUUUCCAGCCGUGCAAAGAACCUACUGAAAGAGGGUGAACGAGCUCGUGAUCUAGUUGCCGGAUUGAGUCGUGAUGUGGAUGGGCUACGACGUGAGCUUGAAUCACUAGCAGCUGCCUGUGCACCCCAAGAUCGUCCUCUUUGUGCGACAAUCAAUCCAGCUGGUCUCACCGUCUCCUUGAGGAUCGAGCGGUUACUUAGAGACGAGAGGCUAUUGCGUCUACGUGAAGUCAGUCAGGACAAUUUAACUGAGGCAGGGCGUCAAGCAAGAGGGGAGUACCUUUACGUGCCACAUUACAUUGCACGGAGAACACUCGAGGCAAGGAACUAUAUACGGCGGGAGAUAAAUUUGGCGCGCACCAGAAUAUUCGAGGAAGCCCGGACCAUUGAAUCAACUAGUACUGAGCUCAAUGGACAAUUGAAGACCAUCAGGAAAAUCGCAAAUUAUGUGGCACCUUAUAUCGAGGGUGUUGAAGAAGGGAGAUGGCUUGCUGGUAUUGAAAAUGCGAGCAGAAUGAAGCGGUUUAUCCAGCGUUUCCACUAGGGAAAACCACGAACUUGGAGCAACUGGCAGAUUACUGGAUGUGGCCGGGACUUUCAAAAGCCUUUUCUUUGCUGAAAGUUGAUCUCAAAGGUUUUAAGAUACUCACCCGGAGCUUGGAGGGCAAGCUCGAGAGUCUUCUUUACGCUUGCAGACCCAAUCUCACCGAGCACAAGAUAAUGAUUCGCGGUCCGAUUCUCAAUCAAGACAUGACCACGAUGACAAAUCAAAUUCACAAUGUCGGAGAUCAAUUGGCCGAUCGGAGAAGUUCAAAGGCAUUUGUGGGUAUCAGCGCAGCGAUGCACAGCCUCAUUGUGAAAAAAGUUAGACCACUCAUGGAAAUUCAGGACAAUCUCAUCGAUCAGCUCACUACACUGGAGAUGCAGUUGGAACCGUUCUAUCGGAAGGCGAAUCAAACUCUUGUUCAUUUGAGGGCUAUUCAGAGUUAUAUUGAUGAUCAAGGAGAUGUUAUUGCGCAAAUGAUACAUUUUUUGUUGAAUUGAUCAUUUUUUAAAACGGCCACCGGCAAUUCUACAGGCACUGUAAAUAUUUAAUUAUUAAAUAGUAUUAAUUCGUGGCGAAUCUAUAAUCUAUGAAUUUAGAUGUAACGAUUUAUCAGCUCAAUAGUAAUCUAAAGAUCGCAAGUUCAAAUCUGCCUCUAGAUGCAGAGAAUCCUUACACAAAUUAUCAACAUAUGUCCAUUUUUAAAUUAAAUUAUUGAAAAUUAAUUAUUCGAAUCAUCGAUCUGCAGAAUAUUUAAUUAUUGAAUCGUUUUCAUUUUUUGUGCGAAUCUC